UCAGUUCAUAUAAUCAUAUAAUUGUUGCUGAUCUUUAAAAGAAGCUCGAAAGGCGAACAAAUAUACUUUCUUAGCAGAAAACAAGUGUUGAUCGUUCGUUGAUAAAGUUUUGGAAAAUGACAUAAAGCUAAUUUUAUGGACGAGUUCUUAAAGUUAGAAGGCAAUUUGCGAAGUCCAGACGUUUUUCAUCCUGCUGAGCAUUUUACCAGCUAUGGUAAGGUGGAAUAUCACCUCAGAGAAUACGAGAAAGCUAAAGAAAAUUUUAAAAAUGCUCUUGAAUGUUGUGAAACUUUCCCGGGUUCAAAUCUUCAUGUUGCUAAUUUAAAGCAUCUCGCAAUGACUUAUACCAAAACUGGAGAAUAUCACAGUGCUAAAAAGAAUUAUGAAUAUGUUCUGAAAAUUCUAGAAACAUCUCCAGGAGCAGAUCAUGGUAAUGUUGCUAAAACUUUAAAUAAUUAUGCGUGGCUGUGUUAUAGCACUGAAGAAUACGACAAAGCUAGAAUAAACUUUGAAAAAGCUCAAAAACGUUUUGAAGAAUCGCCAGGUCCAGUUCAUCCUGAUUUGGCCAGUUGUUUGGCAAAUCUCGCUAGGACAUGUAUCAAAACUGGAGAAUACGCAAUAGCUAAAGAAAGUAUUGAAAAAGCUCUGACAAUUCGGAAAAAUUUGAAAGGGCAUGAUCAUGAAGAUGUUGCUAAAGCUUUAAAAAUUCACGGUUUGUUGUGUUAUAGUACUGAAGAAUACGACAAAGCCAAAGAUUUUUUUGAAAAAGCAUUGGAACUUUUUAAAAAAUUGCAAGUUCCUGAUCAUGUUGAUGUUGCUGAUUGUUUAAACAAUCUUGGUUUGUUGUAUUAUACCACUGGGAAGUAUGAAAAAGCUAAAGAGUUUUUAGAAGAACGUGUGGCAACUUGUGAAGAAUCGUUAGGUCCAUAUCAUGAUGUUGUUGCUGAGACUUUAGAGAAUCUAGUUAUAGUGUAUGAAAAAAAUGGAGAAUACGAAAAAGCCAAGAAGUGUCAUGAAAAAGCUAAGGAAAUUCGUAAAAAAGCGCAGGAAACUCGUAAAAAAGCUAAGGAAAUUCGUAAACGAGCUCAUGUUGCAGAAUAUCUUGAAGAUGGUACAAGACUCUCGGUCUAUGAAAUCUUUCAUCUUUCAAACAAGAUAGGAGGAAAUUAUGAUACACUUGCACUUCUUGCUGGUAAGUCAGACAAAGCGGACAUCGUCAGGGCCGACAACGUCAAUUAUCCAGGUCCUGUAGAAAAAGCUACAAAAAUACUGACAUAUAUAAACGAAGAUGACACGUUUAGUCGACAACAGCUUGCAAAUCAUUUAGAAAAUGUGGGACUUGGAAAAUUAGCUGGCGAACUCUUACGUGGAGAAUUUCGAAAUCCGGACUCUGAAAAAACUAGAGAAUACAAAAAAGCCAAGAAGUGUUAUGAAAAUGCUCAGGAAAUUUAUGAAAAAGCUCAGGAAAGUCGUAAAAAAGCUCAGGAUGAUCCAGGUGAGGAUGGUACGAGGCUCUCGUCGAUUUCAAUCGAUGAACUUUCACAAAAGAUAGGGGGAAAUGAUGACAGACUUUGUGAUGAGAUGUCGGACAAGGUUACCAACAUAAAGAACAACAAUUUGCAAUAUCCUAGUCCACACAGCAAAGCUGCAGAAGUACUGAAAAUAAUAAACAAGUCGGAUUUUAGUCGGAAGGAGCUAGCUGAUCAUUUGAAAAAAAUAGGCCAUGAAAAAUCGGCCAAUGACGUACUACACGGAAGAUUCCGAUAAGUGGACUGACACUCCUUGUAACUCUUACAUAGCGCAUUCCACUUCCCGCCAUUUAUAUUGUAAAACCUCAGGAAGAAGGUGUUCCACUUUUUAACAUUCUUAUAAGCAUAGCCGUAAAACUUGUGGGGAAGAAAGGCCAGUCGGGGAAUAUUCGAUGGAAAGUCGGGUGGAUUAGGUCAUUCAAGAAAGAAAAUAAACCAUUGGAACUCCUCAUAACUAUCUAUAUCUGCUUCUUAAGUUUUUGCAAACUUUGCGUGCUUGCCAAUUUAGCGACGUUGUCCCACCUGUCUACUUUUUUGAUAAACUCUGCAGUAGCUUUAUAUAUUUUGAAACUUACUAUAUUAGCACUCCAUGCAUUAAAUGAAAGUAAAGUUAAAUAAAACUUA